GUUUAAUAUGUCUGAGAAUAGAAUCAUCCACCGCCACCUCUCAAAAGGAUGUGAGAGACGGCAACCACUUCUCGAUCCAUCCUUGUUUCCCCAAGCCACCUUCUUCCUCCUCCACUCCUUCCUGCUCUCCGUUGGUGCCUUGGAUUAUCUGUGAACCAGUGCAUGGAUGCUAACCAGUGGCCUGAGGGCAUAGGGCUGGUGAAGCCCAUGGAGGAGUUUGCUUCUUCCACCAUAACCACCACCUCAAGCAGCACCUGCACCACCACCAGGCCACAAGCGACGGAGAGGAGGCCGAGGCCACAAAAGGAGCAGGCACUCAACUGCCCUAGGUGCAACUCUACCAACACCAAGUUCUGCUACUACAACAACUACAGCCUCACCCAACCCAGGUACUUCUGCAAGACGUGCAGGAGGUAUUGGACUGAGGGUGGAUCCCUCAGGAACGUCCCAGUUGGUGGUGGCUCAAGAAAGAGCAAGAGGGCCUCCAUCUCCUCGGCCGCCACCACCAACUCUUCCUCCAUCACAGCAGCUAUAGCUACUGCCUCAGCUCCCAAGAAGAUUCAUGCUGACCUCAUCCCUCCGUAUAUCUCGCUCUCCACCACCUCCGAAGCUCUAAAGUUCCAUGAGGGGCAGGACCUCAACCUGGCCUUCCGCCAACAGAGCCUCCGUCAGUACAGUGACUACCCCGACAUAGAAAGUAGCACUGCCAACAACAGCAGCAAUGCAUAUGCUGCUGCUGGUUCUCUCUCGGCCACGGAGUUGCUAAAGAGUGGGAUGACCGCAAGAGGCCUCGGGCCUUUCAUGCCAAUGCUGAUGCCAAUGCCGGAAUACCCCACUGGGUUCGGACUGCAAGAAUUCAGGCCACCCACUCUUAACUUUCCUCUUCAUGGAAUCGGUGAAGGAGGUAGUAGUGCUGGGUACGGGAGCUUGCCAGGGGUUGGGGAGAACACUGGUACCAAGCUGCCGUUUCCCCUCGAGGAUCUGAAGCCGGUAGUCCCUUCAAACAACGUUGCGAGCCAGUUUGAGCAGAACAGGGGGCAAGGUGGUGAUCCUCAAGGGUUCUGGAAUGGUAUCAUUGGAGGAGGCUCAUGGUAGAACAAAAAGAUCUCAAGGAGAACAGCCUUCCAAGAUUACUAGAACACAAGAAUGCAUCUUCUUUUCCAUUUCAAUUCUUGAUGGCAUUGCCAGGUCACUUUGUUUGCAGUUGCUCAGGCCUCACAUAAGACAGAUGAUACAUAAGUUGCGUCUCUUUAGCUUCAUUUCUUUUCUUGACACUUUUUGGCUUCUCAUCACUGUGGAUAUGUAAAGUUCCAUUUUAUCUUGGCUUCAAAAUGCUGUCUUAGCAAGGAGGAUUUGAUGAUAGGAAGAGCGCUUUCUUCCUUUCUUUUUUCU